GUGUGUGUGUGUGUGUGUUUUACGACAGUGUCGCAAAUGCUACUGUGCUCGUCGCCGGUGACUCCAUGGAAACGAGCUCGCAGCCGUUUUGUAUACACUCGUGGGGAGCCAACAGCUACGGACAGCUGGGACAGGGACAUGUGGAGGACCAGGCACGUCCCCGGCUCUCUGACGCCGCCGCGUUACAACAACACAAGGCGGGGCUCAGGGCGCUCAGCGGCGGCGGCGGUCACUCCGUGGCUGUCACCGAGGAUGGAGAGGUUUUUGUGUGCGGACAGAAUCACAGAGGCCAGCUUGGACUUGGCCACAAUGCAGACAUCUCAACUCUUCAACUCUGCCCAAGUCUAAGUCAAAAGGUCAAAAAAGUAGCAUGUGGUUGGGAUUUUACUCUUCUUCUCACCGAUUGUGGUCGAGUACUGGCAUGUGGCUCCAAUGCAUUUGGACAACUUGGCGUCGGACAGACAGUCACACACUCUGCAGAUCCAUUAGUUGUUGAGAGUCUGAAGGAGCCAGCGGUGAGCCUAGCAGCAGGACUCAGACAUUCACUAGCUGUUACUGACUCAGGCUGUGUAUAUCAGUGGGGAACUGGUCUUUCCAGUCAUGCUAAGAGAGCGCUCAGUCCACGCCCUGUCCCAUCACACCUUAGCUCUACUGUGCCCUCUCUGGUACCAGGUCUGGACCAGAAGACCUCACACAUGGUGACUGCAGGUUCUGCGCACUGUGUGUGCCUUACAGGAGACGGCGAUUUGUUUCUGUGGGGAAGCAACAAGCACGGCCAGCUGACCACCACAGAGCCCUUCCUGUCCUCCCCCACUCUUGUGAACUGCUCGCUCCUGGGUGGAGAGAAAGUUGUCCAUGUGUGGAGCGGCUGGACGCACACUGUCGCUCAAACAGAGACCGGGAGAGUGUUCACAUGGGGCAGAGCAGAUUACGGACAACUGGGCCGUCAAGCAUCAACCAGUCAGAACCCAGAGCAGCAGGCAGUGGGUCCCCCUUACCUCCCUGCAGAGGUUAAAGUCCUCCAAGGAGCAACGCAGAUUGCUUGUGGAUCUGAACAUAACCUUGCCAUUGUAGGGGGGUGUCUCGUCUCCUGGGGCUGGAACGAACAUGGAAUGUGUGGAGACGGUUCACAGACCGACGUCCUUCAGCCACAGCUCGUUCCUGGUCUCAGACCUCUUCUCAUUGGCUGCGGAGCCGGACACUCUAUGGCAGUGUGCGCUACGUCGACUAACUUGGGACAAAACUCUGCACUGACUCCACUUCAUUAACAUUGAAUCUGGAACAUUUAUUAAGCAUGAGACAAUCAAAGACUAGGAAAAACAAUGAAUUUUUGAAUUAACAUACUACUCUUCAGUGGCUCGGUGGUGCUUACAUAUGAAUAUUUAAGUGCCUUUCAAUAUACAGUAACUUUCACCUUCUAACGUGCUACCUGAGCUCCUUGAAAAGAUCAGACUUCAAACUGCAGUCAUCAUAAAUAAUGUUGUUAUAGUUGGACACAGGCUGAGUUAUGCCACAUGUGGACAGAGGCCAUAAUUUCUCUGAACAGCCUUUGAUGGACAAGAUGACAUGUCCAUCAUAAGUUCAGUAUGGCUUUGCAGGACAUGGCCAUGCCUACACUGUGGCUCCUUGUCCACCUGACAUGUUUGUCUUCCUGAAUGAAGCCGCUAUGGAUCAUGUGAGGGUUGGGCUAGGCUGGUGCUAUAGCUCCAUCUUCCUAUGUCAGCGGUUUUAUUGCUGUGAUCUUGAGUGUCAGGAGGCAGUCAAUCUCUGCACUUCAGACUAAACAUCUCUGUGAUUUACAACUAACACAUUGUAUGUUUAUCUUUGGCAAAUGUCCGUCAGUUAUUUAUAAUAUUGCCAGACUGUGUCAUAUUCUUCGAGGUUCUUUUUGUGUUUCACCACUUUCAUGCUGUAUACUUCUUGACUCCCUCUUGGGGGAAAUUUGUCCGCUGCUUUGACCCAACUUACAUAUUUAUAAGCUGUGGGAGCCCGCAGUGCAGCAACGGGACCCAACUGCAGGUCUGAAGCCAGUACUGUGGUCAAGGGCAAUGGCAGGACUCAGAAUGGCUCAUGGAUCAUAUCUUUGCAAUGUGUUUACUUUUUUAUUUAAAAAGAUAAAAAAAAAUUCUCAUGAUUUAUGCAAAUUAAAUAAAUAAAUAGAAAACAUGUGUAUUACUGAAACUAUGCAAGUUAAAUUAAUGUCAUUUUACCUGGAUUAGUUCAAAAAAUAAAUCAACACUCGUUGAAAAAUGAUAA